CCACUUUAACAUAAUUUUUUGCAGGUAAGAUACAAGAAAUAUGUAGUUGUUGGGGUAUUGUCGAUCCGGAGAACUAUGCUUUGCAAUUUUGUGAUGUAAAUAAUCAAAAAUAUGUCACUGAGAUAAAUCGCAAUGAAAUAUAAAAUGGGUCAGUAUUGCGACUGCAGUACUCACCUUCGAAAACUGCAAAUGACACGCUGGAAUCAUUGCGCAGCGGGUCGACAAUGGAGAAGACAAAAUGUCUAAAACAACUCGCCACACUAAGUAAAGAUCAUACAUUUGCCAUGGAAUUCAUAAAAGAGCAGGGUUUAGGUAUAAUCAUAAAUAUGAUAGAGGAUUCUGCGCAAAAAGAUGACGAUAUACUCAAGUACAGCUUGGCCAGCUUUGUUGAGCUAAUGGAGCAUGACACAAUUUCAUGGGAAAUAUUGCAAAGCACUUUUGUUCAGCGCAAUAUUUACAUAGUUUGUAAUUUUCAACAUUUCUCCAAAGAAUGUACACAAAGUGCGCUUUCCAAUUUGGAGAAUAUCGUACAAAAUAGCAACAAGUAUGUACUAGUGGAAAAAGAAGUCACACUACAAGAUCUACUGCACCUACUACAAGAUGCCAAUUCGGCGACAAUUCAACAGAAUGCUAUAGUCCUCAUCAAUGCACUGUUUAUAAAGGCGGAUGAGGCACGCAAACGGCAAAUUGCGCACACGAUUAGCGCCAAGCCAUACCGGUUGGCUUUGAUUGGCAACGCAUCGGGUCGUCAAAUGGAGAUGACGCAUCAAUUGUAUGUUUUGCAAACACUCACUUUGGGUUUACUAGAGCAAAGAAUGCGCAUGAAAAUGAAUGCACAAGAUCAGGAUGCACAUGAGAAAAUUAAAGAAUUGCGACGUAUUGCAUUUGACGAUUAUUCUGGGCAAAUGGGAUUAGGCGAUGAACAGUUGAGGCGCUGUGGGGGCGGUUCAGGCGGUGGUAAUGUGAAUUUUUCGCAAUAUUACAAGAAACUUGGUUUCAAAUGUGAUAUCAAUCCCGCACAGGACUUCAUUGAAACGCCACCGGGUAUUUUGGCUUUGGAUUGCAUGGUUUACUUUGCACGAACCUAUACACAACAGUAUACAAAAAUUGUGCAUGAGAACUCAUGUCGGGCUGAUGAGCAUGAAUGUCCUUUCGGCCGCACCUCUAUCGAGUUGGUGAAAGUGCUAUGCGACAUAUUGCGGAUUGGUGAACCACCAGCCGAACAAUCUGCGGAUUUUCAACCAAUGUUUUUCACACAUGACCAUCCUUUUGAGGAAUUCUUUUGCAUUGGUAUAAUAACAUUAAAUUGCACAUGGAAAGAUAUGCGCGCUACAGCUGAGGAUUUUCAAAAAGUGUUUAUCGUUGUCCGCGAACAAAUAACGCGCAUACUUAAGGAACGUCCGGAGAAUCUGGAAGAGUUUCGCGCAAAAAUUGCUUUACUUACCUAUCAAACCAUAACUAAUUUACGUCAACAGGAGCGUACAUCAAAAGAGGAAUGCGAUUCAACUGCAUCUGCUAUUGUCAAAUUGAAAGAAAAGAUCUCACCUCAUAUACUCGACUUAAUAAAACAACAGCGACUCUCAUAUUUGGUAGAAGGCACACGUUUUUCGAAAUACUCACGCGGUACACGCUCCAAAGACAAAUUCUGGUAUGCUCGCCUCUCGCCUAAUCACAAAGUGAUACACUAUGGCGAUUGCGAUGAGAAAACCGUGCCAACGCUUG